AUGACAAAGCAAGGACCAAGAGAAAAACAAAGAAGAAGGGGAGAGAGAGAGAGAGAGAGAGAGAGAGAGAGAGAGAGAGAGAGAGAGAGAGAGAGAGAGAGAGAGAGAGAGAGAGAGAGAGAGAGAGAGAGAGAGAGAGAGAGAGAGAGAGAGAGAGAGAGAGAGAGAGGAGAGAGAGAGAGAGAGAGAGAGAGAGAGAGAAGAGAGAGAGAGAGAGAGAGAGAGAGAGAGAGAGAGAGAGAGAGAGAGAGAGAGAGAGAGAGAGAGGAGAGAGAGAGAGAGAGAGAGAGAGGAGAGAGAGAGAUAGAGAGAGAGAGAGUCUCUCUCUAG